AUGCUGAAUCCAGCAGCUUUACUAUCAACUUCAAUCGCACUACUCGUCCACAUUUCCGCAGUAUUAGCAUCGACGUCUGUGUUGCAGACCAGGGAAACAAAUGGCCAAGGAUUUGACUAUAAUUGCCAAAACUCCAUCUUUAAAAGGGAAGACGUGAAUAUUCACAUGAAAUAUGGCUGCAAAGCCUUGAGAUAUUCCCUAGAAUUCAAUGUGUUUCCCUCCUUCUUUGAAGAGUCUUAUUUGUUCCCUGAAUAUAGUCAUCGCGUACUUUUUUCAUGGCCUAUAAAUUUGGGUACAAAUAAAUUUCGACAUGGACCUACUGGCUAUAAUCGAGUAGUCUUUACGCAUUUGUGCGAAUUUGUCGCUCUUGUAGUCGUUAAACCUGCCAAACUGACCACUGAUCGACGAACAGUAUCUCUGUGCCCCCAAAUUUUAAAAGAUGCAAGCCUGCCCGGCCCGAUUCCAAGCAUGUACAUGAUUAGAGAUGAGCUUGAUAGAAUCCGCUGCGGUGAUCAGAUUAUGGUCACGAAGGAAUAUGUCAUAGAUGCUACAAACCGAGCCUGUAAACGAAAAUUUCGUUUAAAAAACUCGUCAUGGAUACCUGCGCCCAAGGGCCUAUUUCCUUCUGACAACUUUUGGUUAAUCCCACUUACUAUGUUUAAAAUGUCUUACAAUAAAGGGUUGAGAGAUGAAAGUGUCAGCAUUGUCGAUGACAAUUGCAAAUUGCAAGGAAUGCUUUAUGGCAAAGCUGAUAAUUGGCAUCAUUGUACUGAAGCAAGAGUUACAAACCCCACCCGAUAUGAUGCCGAUAACCACAUUGGCUACCAGACAGAUGACCAUGAGGAACGCCUACUAAAAAAGACAGACAGGUUUAAGUGUUCUGGUGUAUCUCUGGAUAAUGAAGUAAUCAUUAAAAACUUCAAAGUAGCCAAGGACUUUUUUAAGAUUAACUUGAUGGAGAGCAAGAAAAUAAAAGAUGACGAGGAAAACGAGAAUGAAAAUACGGAGAAAAAGGUUAAAGAUUUGCCAUUUCCCCGGCAAUCAUUGCAAGGACACGUAUGGCUGUGGCCACUAAGAUUACCCGAGACACCAACACAAAGCGCGAGAAAGAGAAACCAUCCGGCCUAUUUCAUGUUGGGGUUAAACUCUUCCAAAAAGUUGACUGGCAUUUAUUUUUCUAACACGAGAGCAAAUAGAAAGCGUGAAUUAAAGCGGUGUUUGGCAAGACAUGAAACGAAUAACAGGAGCCACGAUGAGGUAACUUUGGACCUUUUUCACAAUAAUCCUAUUGAGGACUAA